AUGACCCCUCGGAUAUAUAAUAUAUGUAGCUGUUACAUUAUACCCUGCACAGCUAAACAUGAAUCAAAAGCAGCUUGAGCCACUACCUUUGCUAAGCAGCUUCCUUGGUUCUUCAACAUGUUCAUCAUCAGAACUAAAUCAAAAUCUGAAAGAAGAUGUGACAGUGGCCUUACACAUUGGGCUCCCUGACAAUUCCCAUGAUAAUCAAAAUGUAGAACCUCUCCAAGCUCCAAAUAAUUACUGGAUACCAACAGAAGAGCAGAUUAUAAUUGGUUUCAGCCACUUCUCAUGUCCUGUUUGCCCAAAAACCUUCAACCGCUACAACAAUCUUCAGAUGCAUAUGUGGGGACAUGGGUCAGAAUACAGAAGAGGGCCAGAGUCACUGAAAAGAACACAUCCAAGGCCAUUGUUGGAGAUAGCAUGCUACUGCUGCAAAGGAGGGUGCAAGAACAACAUAGAGCAUCCAAGAGCAAAGCCUCUGAAAGAUUUCAGAACACUGCAAACACACUAUAAGAGGAAGCAUGGACCCAAACCCUUCUCAUGCCGCAAGUGUGCAAAGAAUCUGGCUGUGAAAGGUGACUGGAGAACUCAUGAGAAGAACUGUGGCAAACGCUGGCUUUGUCUUUGUGGCUCUGACUUCAAACACAAGAGGUCUCUUAAGGAUCAUAUCAAAGCUUUUGGCUUUGGUCAUACUCCCUUCUCCUCUUCUUCUACUUCUUCUUCUCAUUAAUCUUAUUAUUUAUCUUCAAAAUCUUCACUCUUAAACA